AUGGCUGUGUCCGCUAUGUUCCAAGGGACACGACUACCCCCUUUGCAAGAAUCAUUGUCUCUAGACCUGUCGAAAUCUUUGGCAAACUUGUUUGUCAGAGCCAAUAAGUACAUACUCCACAUAAAGAUGAUGAGAACAAUAGGGGGAAAUGAAGAUGGAGAAAGAAAAAGAAAAGAGCGAGAUAAUGAAGAAGGAUCGAACCAGCGAAAAGAACGGACCAGGAGGUCAGAUAUAGUCAGACCGCAAUUCCACCAUUACACUAGGCUCAAUCAACCUCGGUCAACUAUACUGGCAGCAGUAGAAGGGUCGGGCCUUCUCCAGCUUCCGAAGAAGGCAGACCGUCCCAUGGAGAGAAAUCAAGAAGAAUACUGCAGGUAUCACCGGAUUUGGGGGCACUCUACUGACCAGUGUAGGGAGUUAAAAAACCAGAUUGAAGCACUCAUUCGGGAAUGGCACUUGCAAAGAAUUAUGGCCCCCCCUGACAAUGAGCCGACACAUCAAGCCAUUCAUGUUAUCUCUGGGGGUGAGACUCUAGCUGAGAAUACUUCUUCUUCUCGAAAAGCCUACGCUCGUCAGGCCUACCAGGUCAAUUCAAUGAUGGAGGCAAGAGAAGACAAGGAGCCUAUCACAUUCACCCCUGUUGAUAGGGUGAUAUAA